AUGAAUUUCUUACAUAGUCCCAAUCCUACAGUCACGACACAUGCUCGAGACACAGGUCCUUCGGCUAGACGUAAAGAUGAUAGCCGAAAACUUGGGCGAGACGCGGUGAAAGCUAGGAAAGAUGAAGAAAAGCAACAGCGACUGACAUGUUACUUCAUCGAUGUUCUAGAUUGUAACCUCGACGACAUAGAUUUGGAUAGUGACUUCGACCCUGAAAGUCAUGAUCGCCGAAUGCAACAGGUGUUCGAUAACGAUUUUUAUGGCAAAACUGACCCGGACGGAAAACCAGUCUGGGACGAUGAUAUUGAAAUCGAUGAAAUCCUUCCAGACACAGCUCCCGUGCAAGAAGAAAUCAACUUUGAACCCGGUGGUGACGCCUAUGAUCCCUUGGCACCUGGGGGGAAAAAGCUAUCCAAGAAGAUGAAACGGUUGGCAAAAGCUGAGAAGAAACGUGGUGUUGUCCAAAAUAUGGAGCCAGAGAAAGAAGAAGGCCCCGACCACACCGAGGAAGUUGAUGACCUGGAAGGACUUUCUCCCGAGGAGCGCAAGAGAAAGUUGCUGGAAGCCAUGGAUGAGUAUCAUAAGUUAGAUUGCGAGGACAUGGGAGACUCUCCUCGACUCGAUCAAGUCCAUAAAUUUGACUGUUGUCCGACGAAGACAGGCGGAUUAUGUUUAUCCCUAGACAUCUCGGACAAAAAAAACAAGGACGCAAAGUCACUGCUGACCGAGAGAUACAAGUAG